AUGUGCGCUUCACAAGAACACGUUCUCGACCUCGACACCACCUGGGCAUCUCGAAAGAGCCAAACUUUACGAUUUCCCAAUGUCGUGAUCGUUCCGUAUCAGUUCUCCGCACUGCGCAAUCGGCGAGCACGCGAACCACAGGCAGUCGGCAACGAAACCUCGCAAGCCACCGCGGGCUUAUCGACUCCCAAGAAGCCGCCCUUUCGUCUCAUCAAGUCAAAUCCAGUCGCCAGCAUCGAGCCUGUGCAACCAAUAGACACUGCCAUCCCUCUUCCGCCGAAAUACCGAUCGCGUGGUUUGAACACACCCAGGGUCCAGGAUGUGACCGAUCCUGCGAUUCGGGCCUUGCUCUUUGGUCCUCUCGCUCAGAUCGAUCAUCAUCAGCAUUAUGGCACAGGAUACGAUGAGAGGCCAGAUUUGAUCCAACACGAUUCUGCGUCCUCUGCGCAUCACGAGUCUACGCGCUUCGGAAACAACGAUUCAAUGAUGUAUCAAGGCCCCUGGGAUCCAAGCUUAGGUCCGCCACCUGGGUUCGCUCCGCAUGCGUACCUUCCAGGUGAACAGCUGCCCGCCGCAGACGACCUGACGGAGGCCGUCGAGACGGGCAAGCGCUGCGACUACCGAGACAUAUACCGCGUCCCGACCGAUGAGGAUCCGAACAGAUACCACUGGGUGGAUGAGAAGCCGCCGGUAUACGGUGCUACAGGAGACAAACUUCGCACGAAGAAAGCACGGGAAGCUUUCGCAGUAAACGUCUACCAUCGUUUUGAUGAGGUCCUGGAUGAAUGGAAAAUCCAUGAACUACGAAUCAACAGCACGCUCCUUCACGCUGCGCUGGAAAAGAUACUUGAAGGUUACCCAGGCUUGACACAGCAUGAAAUGAAGUCGUUCGCACCGCCAUUUCUUCCGUUCAUUCAUCGAUGGGAAGCGAUGCUUAGCUUCAAGGAUAAUGUCGAACCAGAGUCGGAGACCGAGCAACAUCUUGAGCUACUGCAGGAGGUCCUCGAGCCCCUCCUCAAGGAGUCUUUCGAUAAGAUCCGCGAUGUAAAGACAACCGGGCAUGUUGCGUUCCAGGACCUGAACUUGGUUCUUGUUCCCGCCAUGAUGGUUCUGGAUCAUAAGACAGACUCGGUCGGGAUUGUUCGAUAUUGUAACCUUACGUGCAUGCCUCCCCCAACGCCAAAGAUGUUCUGGUCGAUAGGCGUCGAUGUGGUUGACUGGGAUGGAAGGCGAUGCGGUCUUCUUGCUCAACCGAAACACGUGUUCCAGUAUCAGGGCUUACGAGCCUUGACUGCGUUGGAUGUAUCACCUCUCAAAGAUCUUCCUGAUCAAGAAAGUAUCCGCGAAAGACUCAUUAAACGAGGCCGCCGGUUCGAAGAACUACGCGGCCAUUUCUUCAAAGCCUUUACCGACCAACACGAAGAACGUGUAAACGAGCGGAUGGUCAUUGACGCACGAGCAUACCACAAAUACCAGCCCGCGAACCCGUUUCCAGAAUACGCUAAACUGUCUGAGAUAGGACAGCUAACGUGGGCCCAAUCCAUGGAGCGUUACUCCGCCAGUAUACCAAGCACCCCGGGAUCGCCAAUCGAACUCGAUCUUUCACCAAUGACCGAUGACGAAUGCCUUCUCGCUGUGCACUAUGUCAAGUGUUUUGACAUUGAGAAGAAGAAGUGGGAGAAGCUAGAUGUGACUAAGAUUCACGAGAUACCUUGGGCUGAGCAUGCUUUCGACAGCUUAGUCCUCGAUCAGGACGAGAAGGAUCUGGUCUUGGCUCUGGUAGACCGCGAUCAGUUCAAGCAAGGGAAGCCCUUCGAUGACUUCGUCGUCGGCAAAGGCCAAGGCAUGAUUAUGCUGCUUUGCGGCCCUCCAGGCGUGGGUAAAACACUCACCGCAGAGACCGUCUCUGAGCACCUACGUCGCCCCCUCUAUAAGCUCGGGGCUGGUGAUCUGGGAAUGACGGCGCGUGCCGUUGAGGAUAGUUUGGAGAACGCGCUGAAUCUGUGUGGACAUUUCGGUGCUGUCCUGCUUCUCGACGAAGCUGAUGUGUUCAUGGAGGCGCGCACUGUGAACAAUCUUCAACGCAACGAGCUUGUUUCAGUCUUCCUUCGCCUACUCGAAUACUACAAGGGCAUCAUGAUUCUGACCACGAAUCGGAUGCGCAGUAUCGACACGGCUUUCGAAUCUCGGAUCGAUAUCACGCUGAGCUACAGCUCGCUCGGAGAAAGUGAUCGCCUUCAAGUCUGGCGCAACUUCCUGGCUACUAUCGAUGCGCAGGAUGUGGAUAUCGGAGAAGCUGAACUGGAGAGACUGGCAAAGCUCAACUUCAAUGGCCGUCAGAUCAAGAGCGCGAUCAAGACUGCAAAGAUCUUGGCGGCCAGAAAAAAGGAAAGACUGAGUGCAGAGCAUCUCAUGGUCGUGCUGAACUUGAGGCAGAAAGCACUCGGUAUGAUGGAUAGUGGGGCAGAUGAUGAUGAAGCCGGGAGGAGGGCAGACCGAGACGAAACUAGGAGCAUGUGGUCGACAGCCACCGACACCGACAGUUCUCUUCCUAUCUAG